GGUCGACUACAACCACCUCUGUCGAUCAUCACCAUGCACUCCAGCUCCAAGGCGGCCGGCGGUAAUGGCGACGAGAAGCACUUGGUUUGCGUGACGGGGGCGGGGAGCUUCAUCGGCUCGUGGGUGGUCAAGGAGCUCCUCCUCCGUGGCUACCGUGUCAGGGGAACCGCCAGGGAUCCCGCUGACCGCAAGAACGCGCACUUGCUGGCGCUGGAUGGCGCCGAGGAGAGGCUCACCCUGUGCCGCGCCAAUGUGCUCCACUAUGACGGCCUCCACGACGUGUUCCGGGGAUGUCACGGCGUCUUCCACGUCGCCUCCCCAGUCUCCAACGAUCCCAAGCUCGUGCCGACGGCCGUGGAGGGAACGAGGAACGUGAUCAACGCGGCGGCGGACGCGGGCGUGCGGCGCGUGGUGUUCACUUCCUCCUAUGGCGCCGUGCACAUGGACCCCAACCGGAGCCCCGACACCGUCCUCGACGAGUCGUGCUGGAGCGACUAUGACUACUGCAAACAAACCGGCAACCUGUACUGCUGCGCCAAGAUGAUGGCGGAGGUCGUGGCGACGGAGGAGGCGGCUAAGAGGGGACUGGAGCUGGCCGUGGUUGUGCCGGCCGUGACGAUCGGUCCCUCCCUACAGCAGACACUCAACUAUAGCACCGACCACGUCGCCCGCUUCCUCACGGGCGCCAAGCCGGCCUACCAGAACACCGUCACCGGCUACAUUGAUGUCCGGGACGUCGCUCGUGCGCACGCUCUCGUCUAUGAGCACCCCGACGCCCGCGGCCAUCGCUACCUCUGCGUCAGCGCCGUGCUGCACCGCACCGACUUCGUCGGCCUCCUCAGGGACCUCUACCCGCAGUACCCCGUCACGGCCAAGUAUGAAGACGACGGCAAGCCGACAGCGAGCCCGUACAGGUUCUCGAACCAGAGGCUCAGGGACUUGGGGCUGGAGUUCACUGACAUGAGGACAAGCCUCUACGACACUGUGAUAUGUCUGCAGAGCAGGGGACAUAUCCCCGUCAUCGUGCCACGUCAGCGUGCAUGCUUGUAAAAAAUCAAGAUUGGUAGAGGAAGAGCUUCUACAGAUUUACCACGUCCGCAUGCAUGCUUGUAAAAAAUAAAGAUGGGUAGAAGAAGGGCUUCUACAGAUUUAAAGAAAUAAAUUCAAUAGUACUUCCUUUCCUUUGUCAUUCUCUGAUGCUGUAAACCUUAUAAUGCAUCACACUGAUGUAGAGGCUGGGACUUUUCAACCUCUUUUUAAAAAAAUGAA